CGCAUGCGCAUUAUAGUUCGUCGGCCGUUCGCACUUUUUCUCCUCGCCAUCAAGUGACGGUGUCUUUUUUUUUUAAACCACGUUGGAAAUUUUUUCCUCUGUCCAUAUUUUAUUUAUCCAGUAUAUAGUUUGCUAGUUAUUCGGAUUAAAUAGUUUCGUUUUAUUUGCUAAAUAACACAUUAUGGCUGUUGGUAAAAACAAGGGACUGUCUAAAGGCGGCAAGAAGGGCCUGAAAAAGAAGAUGUAAGUAUACAAUGAGUUGAUGUAAGCUACUUGUAUGUUUGCUUAACUACAUUAUUUCGAUAUUUUCAACACGUUGUAUUUUGCGUUUAGCAUUGAUCCUUUCACACGAAAGGAUUGGUAUAAUGUCCGUGCUCCGUGCAUGUUCACAAACCGUGAUAUUGGUAAAACACUGGUCAACCGUACACAGGGAACAAGUGAGUGAUUAUAGUUAACUAUAAAAUAAUUAUAAUAUUUAUUAAUAUUGAAUCAUUUUCUUUAAAACUACGUUUAAAAAAUAAUAAUAACAUUAUCUUUCAUAAAAAAUCUCAAAAUAGUUUAUUGAAAAUGUGAUUGUUUGAUAAUAGAUAAUUUGGAAUACCUAAUUGAAAAUAAUUGGUAGGGUCUUAAAUAUUGUUAAAUCUCUUUAUAUAAAGGUUGUUUACAUGUUUUAUAUUAUUGAUAUUCAUUUUAGAAUAAUGAACAUAUAAAGUGUUUAAGUCUUACAAUAUAUCGUAUAUCUUAAAACAAACUUGUAUGUUUAUAGAUAGAUAUAAAUUUUGAAUUGAGAAUACCUUUUGAUCUUUUGUGUGUAUGAAUAAUUAGUUUAAAGAAUUAAAACUAAUUUAUUUUACGGCCCAAUCUCAUUUUUCAAAUUUUAUUUUUCCAAAAUGUGUGUUUUUAAAUGCCCACUUUUAAAGUUUUUAUAUACAAACCUUUUAAAAAUAGAAUUUUUGGAAUUAAUCUAAAAUGUAAUCAAAAUCAUUUUUGUUUAUUAUUACUUUUAGAAGUAAUGCCAGAAUCUAGUUUAAUUUUAGAGUUGCUAAUGUUCUAACGCGUGUUUUGCUAUAGUAACUUUGAUAAUUUUAACUAGAAAUAACCCUUGAUUUAUUGUACUAAACCAUGUCAGAUAGAACACAAAGUAUCAUUAAUGCCGUUAAUAUAAAUAAGUAGGUACUUAUUUCAGAAUUAAGAUCAGUAACCAUACUUAAUGUUUUUUUAUCCGAUAGCUAACUGCUGUCACAUGUCAUACCUAAUUAUUAUUAUAAUCUACAUCUGUUUGCAUCAUUAGCACAUCAUGUUUGAACGUCUGGCAGGGUCACACAAACAUUCUGCACUUCUAAAUCUGUAAACCAGAUUAGGUGUUACUCAACGUUCUGUAUUGUUUAUAGACCUUACAACUAACUAUUUAAACCUCUUCAACUGACAGAAAUAUCAAUUACUACAAUAAUAAUAAUAAAAAAAUGUAUUCAUUUUUUACCAUAUUUUGAAUUAAUUCUAAAAAUGCUAUAUUUCAAGGUUUAUGAAAAAGCUUUAAAAGAAAAUAUGAUGGGUAAGUUAUGGUUAUAACUAUAGAUUAAGCAUUAAAAAAACAUUUUUGAAGAUGUUAAAUUCUAACUAAGAAGUACGCGAAACAGAAAACAGAUAAGUUUUAUGAGGUUUUCCUCCAUAACUUCCAAAUGAAGUCUGUCAAACUUUUUUUUCAUUCUCAAUGUACACGCAAAAAACACAUUUUGAAAAAAAAAAAUAUUUUAAAACCUAGUUUGGGCUGUCUCAAUCCCUGUAUUUCUUAUUAGACACAAUGAUCAAUCAGAUAAGAUUGUCUCUUGAUGUAUUCAAUGAUCAGUUUAGUGUUACACCAGAUUAAAAACUGUAUGAAGAAUACUCAGAUUAUUAAUUGCUUUGUUUAUAAUUACCUAUGUUAAACCUAGAAUUUUAAGAUGUAAUUUUAUUGAUAUUUGCUAACCUUAUUCUACAUACUGUAUUUUACUUGGGAGGAUUUCUGUAUUUCCCAGGUUGCCAUCUGAAUUAUACCUAUCAAAAAUCUAUUAUAAAGCUCAAAUUGAUAAUGAAGUAUUUUUGUAUGGUUGCUAACCCACUGUAAUCAGUUUCAACAAAGAUAUUAGUUUAAUACUUAACUUGUAGCUGAUAACUUAUUUUCGGCUAUCUAAAAAAAUGUAAUACAUUUUUUACCAGUAACUUUUAAUUAAUUGAUAACAUAAAUCAAAAAGGAGAUAACACGCUGGUUUCAAAAAGGUUCAGUAAAAAGCUUAAUAAUUUUUGAAGGGAUCAUAAAACGGUUUACCAUUUAUUCUAGAUAAUGAACUCAUUUCCGCAUAGCAUUUUAUUAUAUAAGACAGUGGUUCUCAACUUUUUUAGUUGUAUGGUUCACCAAUUUAUGUAAUUAUCUCACUAAGCUUAUAUACAGGUAAAAAAUAAAUAUGUAUAUAUGUGUGUAUGUGUAAUUUGUUAUGUAAUACUGGUUUUACUUAUUUUGUUGUUUUUUUUUUUUUAUUAUUAUUGUAUAGAAAUUGCAUCUGAAGGUCUAAAACACCGUGUUUUUGAAGUAUCUCUUGCUGAUUUGCAAGAAGACGAUGGAGCCGAAAGGAGUUUCCGUAAAUUUAAGUUAAUCGCUGAAGAUGUUAAAGGCCGAAAUGUCUUAACAAAUUUCCAUGGAAUGGACCUUACUACUGACAAAUUGCGUUCAAUGGUAAAGAAAUGGCAAACACUCAUUGAAGCUAACGUUGAUGUGAAGACCACUGAUGGAUACUUAUUACGUGUAUUCUGUAUUGGAUUUACAUCCAAGGAUCAAUUGUCCGCAAGGAAAACGUGUUAUGCUCAGCAUACUCAGGUAAAACAAUAUUUUUAACACUUAUGAUUUGUUGUACAAAUAUUUAAUAUUUUUAGUUUGUGUACUUAUAACUAUGUAUAUAUUAUUAUAUCUAGGUGAGAGCCAUUAGGAAAAAGAUGGUAGAAACUAUUUCCGAAGAAAUAGUAAAAUCUGACUUGAAAGAAGUAGUAAACAAACUACGACCUGACUCGAUUGCUAAAGAAAUUGAAAAGAAAUGCCAAAACAUUUAUCCAUUACACGAUGUUUUCAUUCGCAAGGUAUUUAAGAAUGAAUUUCAAAUUUGACAGUUUUUAUAAAAGUUGACCAUUUUAUUUAUUUAGGUUAAAGUUUUGAAGAAACCGCGUAUGGAUAUUGGUAAACUGAUGGAAUUCCAUAGUGAUGAAGGUGUGACCACAGUUAUUGACGAAGAAACAGGUGUACAAGUAGACAGGCCUGAAGGUUACGAGCCUCCAGUUCAAGAAUCUGUUUAAUUUGUGGAUUUUUAUAAAUAUAACAUUGAGUUCUAUUCUAUUGUUUUGUUCUAUUAUUUUCUCUAUUUGACUGAUACCGGGUUUACUAAACAAUAAUUGAAUGAUGUAAUAUAUCAUUUUUAAUUUAAACUA